AUGGCUUCCUACCAGGACGAGCUGCCCGAGAGCAGCUCCGAUGGACGCAGCGGCAGUCCCGCACCAUCGCUAUACUCGUUCUCGUCCUCCGUCGACGGCCAAACAAUGCUGAGGCAGAUCUACGGACGCACCUUGAACAACCAAAACGACACGUACUUCUUACCCGCGGACAACGAGGAGCACAGAAGACUCGACUUACAGCAUCGGGUUAUCACGCUCGCUCUCGGCGGACUAUGCCCAGCACCAGACUUGGUCAGACGAGCUCUCCGUCCUAAACCGGGGAAGCAGCCCGGGAUUCUAGACAUCGGCACCGGAAGCGGGACAUGGGCGAUCGAGAUGGCGACGCUCUUCCCCCACUGUAACGUCGUAGGCGUUGACUUAGCGCCGCCGAGGGUCGAUGGAGACUGCCCACCGAACUGUCGAUUCGAAAUAGACGACGCGAACCUAGGGUUUAGUCAUUAUGAAGGCACAUUCGACCUCAUUCACGCACGCGCGAUAUCAGCUGGGAUACGCGAUUAUCCUCGACUUCUAGAGGAAUGCGCGCGAGCGUUACGACCCGGCGGCGUUAUGAUCUCCGGCGACGGGGACAUGCAGCUCUUCGACGAGUGGCAGCAGCCGCUGUCCUACCUCGAGGAAGGUGCCCCCGGAUUUACGUGGACCCACCGCGUCUUCUUUGCGGCGUACAACGCCAUGAAAAAUAGGGGAGGCAGCAUCGAUUCUCCCUCGAUGUGUCCCUCGUGGCUGCGGUCUAUAGAUGCGUACACGGAUGUUGGAUGGCACAAGGUGUUCAUCCCUAUCGGUCCGUGGCCUCAAACGGCUGACCCCACAGAAAGGCUUACAGCGGAGAUGCUCCGCGACGACUGCCUCAGGUACAUCGCGGGGCUAACCCCGCUCCUACUCAGCGAGGGAUACCUCCCGGAAAGCGUGGAGAUGAUGCAGCGCGAAGCUGCUGCUGAGCUGCGCACCCUGCGCGCUCGCAUCUACAGCCGUUGGGCGUUCGCUUGGGCUGUAAAAAAGUGA